GGGGAGAGGGAGGACAACUUGUCGAGGCAUCCCUCUAUUGUUAAAAAAAUCGACCACACCCGCACAACCCGUGGUAGGUAGGGCAGCAGGGCCGGCUCGAUGCUAGCACGUACCGGCACCAUCAUCAGGAAACAGAGGCGCCGCUCCAGCACCACCAGCAAGGCCAGCAGCCGCAGGGAGUCGGCCACCACCCCUACGCCCUCCAUGUGCCUCUCGCCCUCGCCCUCGCCCAGCUUCCACGGGGGGCAUUUCUUGUUCGGGCACCCGCCCCCCACCAGCUUCCCGGCGCCGUUUCCCUCCCCUGACCCUGUCGUCCUGCACAACGGUCACGUCAAGGGCGUGACCUUCAGCUUCGACACCAAACACCUCAAUGGACACAGCUUGUACAAGUUGACGCCGCCCCCCACAGAUAAACCCAUCUACGAAAGUACAGUGAUAUGGGCAGAGGUUGAGGACACGGAGCCCCACUACACACUGAUAGGGAGUCUGUGUGAAGCUACGGUGGAAGCGAGAAACCCUUGUGAUUUUAUACAUAGGUCUAUGUUCAUUUUAGGCGGCACAUGGCCAGUAACUGUAUUUACUUUAGUGUUACUAGCAUUACCUUUAGUAAUGACAGCUAUAGGUGUAAAUUAUCUCCACGAAUGUCCUCGCGAGCCCAAGCUGCCCAUCUACCUGGUCGUGGGCGGCUGCUUCGGCAUCAUCAAGCUCAUCUUCCUGCUCUGGAAGCAGAUCAAGCGGCACCGCGAUGACGUCAUCGACCUCCACGACGACGACGACCUGCUGACCAUGACGCGCAUGACCAACAUGGCGCUGAACGUCUUCCUCUCCGUCUGGUUCGUCUUCGGCCACUACUGGCUCAUCCGGAUCUGGAAACCUCACUUCGAGGCGCCGCUCCACGAGCCGCGGAACUGGUGCGACGAGACGGUCUUCUUCUUCGCCUUCUGGCAGCUGGUCAUCUGCCACAUCAUCAUCGCGCUCGUCCUCGUCACCGCCGUCAUCCUCUACUGCUGCUACGUCUGCGUCAAGUGCUUCGUCCACGACGACCGCCAGGCGCAAGGGGCGCGCCCGGCAAGCGAACAACCCGCGGGGGUGAAGAGAUGACGCCAAGCCAGCGCUACGAGUCAGAAAUCUAUACAACACGUUUAGAGACAAAUUCCUCUUCAACCUCACCCUUUACUUAAACCCAUUCCUGUGUGAACACUUCCGGGUAAAGAUACGUUACCUACCACGUGACUUGGCACAAGGAGCAGGCCUUGCUUGUGUCUUACCGUCAUCCUACAAUACCUGAGCUGCCUGAAGAUAUUCAAUAUUGUUUUAACAUACUUUUAUCAUGACAAUAUGUCAAUCGAUUCACGGUGAAAAAGUUACUAUU